GACGUGGGCCUUCUUCUGUGAGUGGGCGGCGCACUCUUCGCCAGCUCAUAUCCCUCGUCGUUGCCCACUCCAACAUCCUCCUCGUCCACAAUGAAAGGGACGCUCGUCACCGUAUUCAUCGCAUCAUUACUCGCCACCACUUUGGCAACGCCCCUCCCUGUGGAGCCGGCUGCCAACAUGGCGGCUCGAGAAGGACCGAACACCGAUAGUAUGUUCCAGCCUGCCUGGAUCUCGAACUCCAAGCGAAGCGACCCCGGACGUGACAGUCUCUAUGAACCAAGUUGGUCCUCGGGUGCCAAGAAGCGCGAGGCUGCUCAAGGUGACGAGUUAUAUACCCCAACUUGGCAGUCCGGUGCCAAGCGCAACGAAGUGCAGCACUGAGCUCAGGUCUAAAGCCGUAGAUAACCCUAAGAGCGAUCUUGGCGCUGAGUGACGAAGAUGAAUGAGACAGAAUGUGUCGUUUUUGUCGUAUGAAAAAUCGGCCUGUGGUUGAAGGCGCUUACGCUCGGGUUAUCUGACUCGUGUUUAUUUUACUUUGAAGCAUGUAUCAGCGUGAUGUUGAAUCCUUCUUUUCUUCUUCUUUUUUUGACUUGUUUCAAUGAUUCCGCCUGAUUUUCUCUUGUCAUGGUCGAGACUGAUAUCAUCUUGUCAUCAACAGAAUAUAUAUAUAGAUAUAAUCGACGGUGAGUUUUCGAUCGGG